AUGGCAUCCCCAUCCGUCACCACCACCCCAUUUCCACCUUCACGCGACGAUAAUGCUGUAAAGUUACGACGUCAAGAAGCAGCCAAUGCGUUACAACGAUAUCCAGUACUUGCUUUGCACGCUGUUCGAAACGGCGAGUCGCCUGCUAUGAUGCGUCUCAAGUUGAUGAGCAUGAUGAGUAAUCGACCUUUACAGCCAAGCCAUGCCACAGUCAAAUACAAAAAGGGUGGCGUUGCAAGGGCGUCAUCGUCAAGUGAUGCAUCUUAG